CCGGGAAACCUGGAGGCUGGCUCCCCUGUGGAGGCCCGGAGCAUCGGAGCAGGCCCCGCCCAUCCUUUCAGAGCGCGGUGCCCUCGAAGCGCCCGCGGAGCUACCGGAGGCUAGGCGAGUACGGUUCAGACCGCCUCCUCAUCAAAAAUAGCCUCUCUGGCGCCUUCCUGCUAGAUUGACCUUUUAUUCAUUGGAUAGAGUCUCUCACACUGAAUGAUCAUCGUUUUGAGCCUGAAGUGCUAAAAUACAGGUGCAGGUGUUUGAGAACCACUGUAGUAGAUAAUGGACGAAGUGCCUAAUUUAAGGAGCAGAGGCGAAGUGGAAAAUGAAAAAAGCUUCGCCGCAGUGGGGACUUAACAGCCCUGGAGAGAAAGGGGCUUAAUAGAGUCUGAAAACCGUGAAAGAGCUUGACCGAUGAAAUGGGCCUGGCUGUCUGGGGUAUCGGCAAUUUGGUGAAUGUUGCCUAAGAUCAGCCUGGAAAGGUAGUUAGCCAGAUCCGAAGUGACGUAUUUGCACUGCCAAACGAGCUGCUGGAGGUUAAAAAGUAUGUGUUUUUAUUUCAUUGAGGCCAUAUAAUGCAGGGUUGACGGACCGGCCUUAUAAAUCACCUCGGAGUGGAGUAGUGGAGAGUUAGAGACACUGACUACCCUAGAGCUGGCCGCAAACUAGUGCUUGUUAUUGUGACUCGAACUCCCCAUCCCCAGAAAUUCUCAGAUCUUAGAAGCCGAAGACUGGCAAGGAUACUAGAGAGAACUACUUGAGUAGGCGAAGUCAGACUAGAUACCGAAUAGGACCCCUUCCAAAAAUACAGAAGGCUGAGGCCGGGGUGCUGGGGAACCUUGCCGUACUGGGAUUCCAGUUGACACCCCGACGAAGCUUGGCUGCAGAGCCCCCGAGUCCCGCACUUCCGCCCGCCAGGCGGCGCUGGUUCUGACGCCGACUCCCGGAGAGACCAAGGCCGGCGACUUAAGAUGGCGCUGUCUGCGUUGCUGCGUCCCUUCUCCCGGCUGCUGGCCCCUGCCAAGCUCCCGAGCCGCUCUUCAGCGCGGUCGAAGUUCUACGUUCGAGACCCUCCGAAUGCCAAACCUGACUGGCUGAAAGUUGGGUUGUCCGUGGGCACCAGCGUCUUCUUGUGGGUCUAUCUCAUCCGAAAACAUAAUGAAUAUAUUUUAGAGUACAAAAGAAGAAAUGAACUGGAAUAAACUUGAAAUACUAAUACAGUAUGCUCCAUAUAGUGACUGUAGUUGUUUCUCUGGAUUUACCAUCUGUCGAAUUGUAAAUGUGAGAAAAAAGGUUAUAUGUGACUAUAUACGAAUGUGAGAAAAAAGGUUAUAUGUGACUAUAUACGAAGUCAGCAUUUGUAUUUUGCAUCAUUAAAUGAAAAUAUAUAAAAAAUGCUUCUGUAUUAUUCAGAUAAAGCAUAUUGUGACAACUUGUAGAAAAUGUUCAUUCUAAGGUACAUUAAUAGAAGUAUUUCAAUAUGGAAGGAACCAUCUGAUGACAAGGUCAGUGAUAAUUAAGGACAUAGAUUCAAAAAUCAGGAUUUACUCUUGUAUCACCUUUACUUUUUUUUUUUAAUGGUCAAAGGUGAUGACUUUUUUUUUUUUUUUUUUAAGACAGAGUCUUGCUCUGUCACCCAGGGUGGAGCUCAGUGGCACGAUACUGACUCACUGCAACCUCCACCUCCCAGGUACAAGUAAUUCUCCUGCCUCAGCUCCUGAGUAGCUGGGACUAUAGGCGCUUGCCACCACGUCCCAGAUAAUUUUUGUAUUUUUAGUAGCAAUAAGGUUUCACCAUAUUGGCCAGGCUGGUCUUGAACUGCUUGACCUUGUGAUCCACCCACUUGGCCUCCCGAAGUGCUGGCAUGAGCCACCACCCCUGGUCAUCACCUUUUAAUUUCUGAUCUGAACAUUUAGUAUAUUAUGAAGACAGAACUACCUUAAUACUCAAAAUACAUAGGAUCACAAAGAUUGUUUUCUCUAGAGGAGUCAUUUUGGUGAGUUAGAAAGGAAGGAUGAAUCCUGUUACCAGAGUUUUUUCUAACUCUCUGAAUUUGAAUGAUUUUCAUGAGGGUGACUACUUUUACUCACUGUUAUGGCAACACAAAAUUUGUUGUCUUUUUUGCUAAUAGGACGUUAAGCCUAUGAUUUAGUAAACUUUAACUCUUGAUUAUUUUUAGGGGAGUUAUUUGUUUGGGGCUUCUUUUUGAGACAGGGGCUUGCUCUCAGGGUUAAGUGAUUCUCUCACCUCAGCUUCCUCAGUAGUUGGGACUACAGGGGUGUGCCACCAUGCCCAGCUAAUUUUUUUUUAGUUUUAGUAAAGACAAGAUCUCUCUAUGUUGCCCAGGCUGGUCUCCAACUCUUGAACUCAAGUGAUCUUCCCACCUCAGCGUCCCAAAGUGCUGGGAUUACAAACACGAGCCACCUCACCCAGACUCUUGAUUUUUAAAAAGAGGGUGGAGGAUUAAUAGACAAUUUAAAAUUAUAUAUUUGACUUCCUCAGUAGGAGCACCAACUCCUUGAGCAAUAAAAAAAUCCAUGUGUAACUUUUGACUCCCCAGAAUCUUAACUAUUACCAGAUGCUGUGGUGUGUUCCUGUAGUCCCAACUACUUGGGAACCUGAGGCAGGAGGAUCUCUUGAGCUCAGCAGUUCUGGAAUAUAGUGCGCUAUGCUGAUUGGGCUUCCUCACUAAUUUUGAUAUCCAUAUGGUGACCUCCCAGGAACAGGGGGCCAUCAGGUUGCCUAGGGAGGGGUGAACCCGCCCAGAUCAGAAACAGCUGGUCAAAACUCCCAUGCUAAUCGGUAGUGGGAUCACGCCUGUGAAUAGUCACUACACUCCAGCCUUAGCAACAUAGCAAGACCUCAUCCCUUUAGAGGAAAAAAAAAGUGUCUGUGUGUGUGUAUAAACCGUUGGGUCUCAUAAAUAAAUUAAAAAAUUUAAAAAGCUAUUAAUAUCCUAUUGUUGACUGAAAAACUUACCAGUAACAGUCAAGUUAACACAUAUUUUAUAUGCUAUAUGUGUUAUAUACAGCAUUCUUACAAUAAAGUAAGUUAGAGAAAAUAAAGUGUUCUUUAAAAAAAAAAUCCUUGGGCCAGGCGUGGUGACUCUACCCUGUAAUCGUAGCACUUUGGAACACUGAGGCAGGCAGAUUACUUGAGCUCAGUUCAAGACCAACCUGGGCAACAUGGCAAAAUCCCAUCUCUACAAAAAAAUUAAUACAAAAAUUAGUCAAGCCUGAUGGCUAAUGCCUGCAAUCCCAGCUACCUGUGAGGCUGAGACGAGAAUCUCUUGAGCCUGGGAAGCAGAGGUUGCACUGAGCCAAGAAACCACUGCACUCCUUAAGGAAAACAUAAUUACUAUUCAUUGAGUGGAAAUGGAUCAUUAUAAAGGUCUUCAUCCUCAUCAUCUUCACACUGAGUAGGCUGAGGAGGAAGAGGAAGAGUCGGUCUUUCUGUCUUGGGUGGAAGAGGGAGAAGAAAAUUCUGCAUAAGUGAACCCAUGCAGUUCAAAGUCAUGUUGUUCAAGGGCGAACUGUACUUCAUUUGACCCUCAGGAAAGCCCUUUUCCCUUUUUUUGAGACUGGAUCUCCUCUCGCUCAGGCUGGAGUGUAGUGAUACGAUCACAGCUCACAGCCGCCUGGAUCUCUUGGGCUCAAGUGAUCCUCUCAUCUCAGCCUCCCAAGUAGCUGGGACUACAGGCCUUUGCCACCAGAUCUCGCUAAUUUAAGUUUUUGGUAGAGAUACGGUCUUGCUAUGAUGCUCAGACUGGUCUCUAACUUUUGGGCUCAAGCAAUCUGCCGGCCUUCAUUAAGUUGUAAUGUUGACAUUUAUCCUGAAUUAUGUUGUUGGGCCCAAGGUAAUCACAAGGUCCCUAUAAGUGGGAGAGGGAGCACAACAAUGUGUCAGAGUGAUGUGAUGUGAAAGUCUUCUUUGCCAUAGCUUCUUUGAAGAUAACAGCCAAGGUAUCUCAGGAAAAUAAAUUCCCCAAUAGAGGCUGCAAAAAGGAACACAACCCUGCUAGCACCUUGACUUUAGCCCACCUGUAUCAGAUUUCUCACCUACCAAACUAUAAGAUAAUACCUUUGUGUUGUUACAAUAAAAAAGUUGUUAUAGCAACAA